AUGAAAUGCACCAAUGUUCUCUUACUGUUCUACACAUCACUUCUAAUAGAGUGUGCUGCAGCAACUGUAAGAUCAGGGAUUCUAUAUCACAAUCACCAGCGACGGGGGUUUCAAUCCAAUACCACCAUUGAAAUUAUCCAACAUGGCUUGUCAACGGCAGGAUCAACAGUAUCGGGGGCGACACUCUCAGAGUUGGCAGAUCCAACUGCGAAAUACGACAUCGAGACAGCUUUUGUGCCAACUACUGACACCAAAGCCGAUGGCUCUGGAAGAAUCACUUCGUAUUCAGCGACCGAAGAUGUACGAACGAUAGAGACCCCCAGUCGAAUCUCGGCAUUGAUAACCGGCUCUACUACCAAUUACAUGACGGCGUGUGAAAAUGGAGAUACUUCAGAAUGCCCGUCUACCGCGAUGGCUACCAACAGAAACUCUACGUUUCCAACUUCUUCCUCACUGCUACCAAGCACAACAACUUCAACAGAGCCAUGUACUCCACUACCUAGUGGCAAGGCCGUUACAGAAUAUUCUAUUGUUUAUACUUCAACAGUUACAUUUUAUGGCAGCAGCACCGACUACACUCCCCCUUUUUCACCAAUUACAACACCCAAUUACUGCUCUCCUGCGGGUGAAGCUCUGAUAACCUUUUUUAGCACAACUCAUAUAUCCAAUUCAACUUCUACACUAACUGUCCCGGCGCCCUCCUCUGCGUCUCUAUCUUACGACCCUUUUAUGCCUGCACCAAUCCCAAUUCCACUACCCACAUUUUCCAUCGAUCUUCCUGAAAUUAUUACGCAAACGCCUGAUGCCGCCAGAAAGGGCGGCGGUGGAGUCAUUAUCACAAUGAGACCGUUUCUUUCCUAUAGUCGAUUUGUUGUAACGUUUAUUACGACUGACAAGAAUCCAUCCGUGGUGUUUUCACCUGAACCGACCCCUGAUUAUAGCCAAACACUAGUUACUGACGACAUUGGAGAUGGCCAUCAUAAGACCGUAGACGUCAUAGAGAGUCCUCAGAGCAAUACUUUCAAGCUUGGCACCCCGGGAAGCGUGAAGCAGCUCCCAGUUACCACCUUUCAGCUUACUGCUGGGGGAACACAGGUCGUUAUCAACGACAGGACCGUCUCUAACCUGAAGCCUGGUCAGACAACCACGGUCACAGUUCGAGAUGAAGUAUUCACCAUUUUCCCUACUGCAGUCGUGGGAUUGGGCUCGACAAUCACGAAACCUGCGCCUCAAGCAACACCUCCUCCCGCACCAGCCGCAACAAGUGGAACUUUGGGAGGCAUUCCAGUAAUAAUCUCGGGCACGCAAGUUGUUGUCGACGGCAUCACUAUGAGAAUCCCACAGCAAGAAACCACCACGAGUAUCAACGGCCAAAGAGUUGUUCUCGGCGCAGGAACUGUUGCCGUUGGUCGCGAAACCCUCAUCUUGCCAUCACCGCAGCCUACUCACGAGAUUGUGACGGGAGGAGAAAUGCUCACGGCCAUCGGCACUUCUCUCGUCGUCCUACACUCCACAACCAUCACAUAUGGCCUCGACAUAGCUCCCAAUCAAACAGUUAUCAACGGAGAAACUAUCUCGAUUGGUCCAAGGGGCGUUUCUCUCCACGGCACAACCAUAGGCGGACCCUCCGCAAACGCCACAGCAACAGAAUACGAAAUCGUCGGAGGCAUCACAGUUGGAAAAGUUCUCCCGUCUCUUGUCGUCGUCAACGGGGCGACGUAUGCCAUUAACGAAGACGGCGAUCUAAACAACUUUGAGACCACUGUUAUAAACAACCAGAGUAUUACUAUUGGUCCCAGCGGCUUGGUCGUCUCGUCGCAGACAUUGACGUACCCUGGGUCUUCUGUCACGGCGACUUUAUCUUCUUCUAGGGAUUCGAUACCUGAUUUCCCUGUUGAGACGGGCGGUCAUGGGAUUCGCCAGGAUAACGAUGAGAGCAGCGCAUUUUCAUGGCGUCGAGGUUUAUCGAUUGGUAACGUCACGGGUCUCUGUUUCGUGAUAGGCCUUUGGAUACUCGUCUGA